AUGGCAUCUACAACUACCCUCUGCCAAGUGCCUCUGGAGCCAUGCAUCACUUCCGAGGUGUGCCAGAGCUGGGUGGGGACGACUACCACCACAUCUGUCUCUUCCUCCGCAUCUCGAGUUUCUACCCCAACUGCUGGUUGGAUCCUUACCCUUUAUGAUAAAACAUGCAAGAACAGCUCUACCGGGUUUUCUAGCGGGAUGAGUUGUUCUGCCGGAACUUUUACCAGCCCUACUUCCUUUUACGAUCCGUGA